UAGUUAUCAAGUCCCUUAACUUCAACUUCACACACCCAAUAUUCUCUCUUUGAUCAGUUUUCAUUCUUAUUUUCAACAUAUAUACUGCAAAUGGCUGCCUUGGAUAGCUCUUCUGAAGAUGCCUCUGUGGACUCCAAAUCAGAGGAAUCCAGUGAAGACUCUAGACUUGAGUUCUCAGAGGAAGAGGAGACCCUUGUUAUUAGAAUGUUCAAUUUAGUUGGUGAAAGGUGGUCUCUCAUUGCUGGGAGGAUUCCUGGAAGAACGGCCGAAGAAAUCGAAAAGUAUUGGACUUCAAGAUACUCUACAACCCAAUAGAGCCUGAGAAUGAUACUUGUAUGCUGUAAUUACAGUUUUGUGAGACUGGGUUUUGGCCAAAUUAAAGUUUGGUCAUAUGGGGCUCUGCUUUUUGUUGUUUUGUUUUGCCUAACCAAAUCAAAGUGUGGUCAAUCUAUGUUAAAUUGACAUUGAAGCUUGGCCCCAAUUUGCCUCCUGGUUUCUUGCUCUGUUUUCUUUUUGUCCAGUUUAGCUUUUUAGUUUCUGCCCUGUUAUUGUAAAUGGGAAUAGCAGUUAUGUGAAAGAUCUCAAAACAGAUAUGUAUGAAACUGCCAAUUUGAUGCAAAUAUGUAUAGUUGAUAUUUCAAACCUACAAGAAAA